CUCCUCGGGCCGCCAUGGCCGCGCCCGCCGCGGGGGACGAGCUGCCCGUGCCCGAAUCAGGUGCUGUUUUCACAUUUGGGAGAAGCAAAUUUGCAGAAGAUGUUCCUAGCAAGUUCUGGUUCAAAAAUGACAAACCUGUACUUAUAUCAUGUGGAGAUGAACAUACCGCUAUUAUUACAGGGAAAGGUAAACUCUACAUGUUCGGCAGUAACGACUGGGGCCAGUUAGGACUGGGAUCAAAGAGCACUGUCAACAAACCAACAUGUGUUAAAGCUUUAAAACCAGAAAAACCAAAACUUGCUGUUUGUGGAAGAAAUCACACUUUAGUUUACACAGAAAAAGGAAAUGUGUAUGCUGCUGGAGGUAACAGUGAAGGUCAGCUGGGAUUAGGUGACACAGAAGAAAGGACCACAUUUCAUUUAGUAAGUUUUUUCACCAACCAGCACAAGAUCAAGCAGCUAGCAGCUGGAUCAUACACCUCAGCAGCAGUAACUGAGGAUGGGCAGCUUUUUGUGUGGGGUGAUAAUUCAGAAGGUCAGAUUGGCUUGGCCAAUGAAUCCUGUGUCAGUGUCCCUUGUCGAGUGGAUGUUGGAAAACCUGUUUCCUCUGUAUCCUGUGGAUAUUAUCACUCUGCCUUGAUCACAGGAGAUGGUGAGCUCUAUACUUUUGGAGAACCUGCAAAUGGUAAACUGGGAUUAUUGCCUGAACAGCUGAAGAACAAUAGAGUUCCACAGCCUGUACUGGGAAUUAUGGAAAAAGUUAAUAAGGUUGCUUGUGGUGGAGAGCACACAGUGGUGCUGACAGAGACAGAUGUCUAUACUUUUGGACUUGGACAAUAUGGGCAGCUGGGCCAUGGUACUUUUGUUUUUGAAUCUUCGGUGCCGAAGUCUGUGAAACACUUGAAGAAGCAUAAAAUACGUAACGUUGCAUGUGGGGAAAAUCACACUGCUGUAAUAGCAGAGAAUGGCCUCAUGUUUACUUUUGGAGAUGGACGACAUGGCAAGCUGGGCUUUGGAGAAGAGAGUUUUACAAACCUGUUUGAUCCCACUCUGUGUUAUAAUUUCUUGAAGUUCACAGUGCUUUUGGUUGCUUGUGGUGGUUGUCACAUGCUAGUUUUUGCUGCUCCGAGACCUAAAGGAUCUGAAGAAAUACUCUUAGAAGAUUUAUAUGAGAAUCCUUUGACUGCUACUAUCCCUAAAAUGAGUGGGGACUUUGUACUGGCAGACACUUUACAACUGUCAGCAGCACGAAUGCGACGUCGGGAGAGGGAAAGGUCACCAGAACAGUUUAUUCGAAUGGCACGAACUCUGCCUCCACUGGGAGAAAGCUUCUUAAAAUCUUCAUUGCCUGUGACAAGCAGCACUACCCCAUUCGGUUUUUCUGCAACAAGUCUUCCUAAAGCUGAAUCUGUGGCAGAUGGAGACAGUGAAAAAGAAAAUGAUCAUCAAAAGGGUAAACCUGGGGAAGUCUCUGCAGAAGAAGAUUCAGAUGAUGACAGUACUGACAGAAACCUUGGAGAUACAACUGACAUCCUAAACAUGACACAUGCAAUGAAAUUGAAUCCCAGUGAUUGGUCCAUAGAAUUAUCACCACUUCAGAAACAGAAGAAGAACAAUAAAAAUGUGAAACUGAAAAGAGAUGGUAAGGGUGGGCUGAAAAACAAGGAUUCUGAUUUCACAAAGGAGGCCUCAAAAUUAGACUCUGGCUCUUUACAAAAACAGUCCUCACUUUCAGAGUCACCAGGACAAGAUUUAGAAAAGAGUAGUGCCUUUGUAGGAAAGUCUGUGGCCAAAAAAAAGCCAACAAAAGCUAAACUUGAGAAUACACAAAGUGUUAGUACUUUGAAGAGGGGUGUUCAACAAAUGACUGGGGACAAAAGCAGAUUAGUGAAAAAGCAAGAAGAAUAUGUGGAAAAUCCUGAAUUUUUCAGAGAGGAUGUAGCUUAUAAUCUUCCAACUGAAAAUCAAAUUCUGUCUGAAAAACCAAAUUCUUCCGAUAAAAAAUCAAAAGCUGUUAAAUCUAAGCAAUCACUUAAAAUACAGGUACUUCCUUCUGCAUCCAGGGAUCACCCCCAGACUGAUGAUUCCUUAGUUGUAGAAAAAUACAAUCUCGUUCAAAAGCAAGAAAGUCGAGAAGCAAUAAAAAGUCAAAACAAAAUAAAGGAUGUUGCUGAAAAAUCUGAGAAGUGUGAAAGAACGCACGUCAAAGGAGAAGAAAGUAGUGCAGAGAAGAAAGAGAAGAUAGGGUUUAAAAUAUCUGUAACUAUGUCAUCGUCUUCAACUGAGGAAAGUAGUUACGAUCUUGAAAAGUAUGUGCUUAAGCGUAGGAAAAAAGGAGAGGACUACAAUGAAGGCAGAGACAUCCAGAAGGGAAGGAGAACAGUAGAAAACGUGGAAGAUUUGGACUUAGAUAAAGAGGACAGUGAGAUUGAGGAGAUGCAAAUUAGAAACAAUGAGAAAGAAUGUGUAGAAGAGACUGAUUUAAAAAGCCAGAAUGAGGAAGAAACAAACUCUGAUGCUAAAUCUGAUGAAGGUGGGCAAUUAGAAAUUAAGAAUGGGGAGGAUUCUGAUCAAGAGCAGGAGGGUGAAGGUAGUGAAAAGGGUGAAAGUGAAAAAGAAAAAUUAGAUGAAACAAUUGACAGUGAAGGUAAACUAGGGGAGGAAGAAGAAGACAGUGAGUAUGAGAAAUGUAGAGAUGAAGUUUCAGUAGAAAAAGAUAAAGAUGAGGAGGAAAAUGAUAAUGAGGAAGAAAAUGAAGGAGAGGAGUCACAGGCUGAGAGAGACAAUGAGAAUGAGGGUGCAGAGGAGAUUGAAGAUGUUAAUCAGGAAGAUGGAAAAGAUCAAGGAGAUGAGCAAGGCAGGCUGAUUAAGGAAGAAGAAAUGCUGAGUGAGGGAGAAAAGGAGGAUAUGGAGAAGUAUGCAAAAGAGGAAGGCACUGAAAAAGAAAAGGAGGAAGAGGUUAAAAGUGAGGGAAGAAAUGAGAGUGAGGAAGGAGGUGAACAUAGAGUGGGGGAGGAAGAAAAAGAGACAGAGGCAGAAGAGGAAGAAGAAGAUGAGAAGGAAGAUGAAGAAGAAAAUAAAGAAAGGGAGAAAGAAAAAGACAAAGAGGGUGAAGAGGAGUUAAGAGAACCAUUGGCAGGGAAGGAAGAAGAUGAUGGAGUGGAAGAAGGAGAAGAGGGAGAGGGGGAUGAUGAAGUGGAACAGGAAAGAAAAGAUGAGGAGAAAGAAGGAACAGAGGCAGAAGGGGAGGAGGAUGGAGAUAAAAAAGAAGGAACAGAGGCAGAAGCAGAAGGGAAGGAGGAUGGAGUGGAAGAAGGAGAAGAAGGGGAGGAUGAAGUUGAAGAGGAAAGAAAAGAUGAGGAGAAAAAAGAAGGAACGGGGCUAGAAGCAGGAGGGGAGGAGGGUGGAGAAGAUGAAAAGGAAGAAGAGGGGGGAAAUGAAGAAGAGGAAGAAGGGAUAGAAGAAGAUGAGGGAGUGGGGGAGGAAAAAGAAGAGGGAGUGGGAGAAGAUGAGGGAGAAGAGGCAGUGGAAGAAGAAGAGGAAGAUGAGGAAGAAGAGGAAGAUGAGGAAGAAGAGGGAGAAGAGGCAGUGGAAGAAGAGGGAGAUGAGGAAGAAGAGGGAGAAGAGGCAGUGGAAGAAGAAGAGGGAGAUGAGGAAGAAGAGGAAGAUGAGGAAGAAGGAGCGGAAGAAGAAGAAGAGGAAGAGGAGGGAGAAGAGGGAGUGCAGGAAGAAGAAGAAGAAGAAGAAGAGGAAGAAGAAAAAGAAGAAGAGGAAGAAGAAGAGGAAGAAGAAGAAGAGGAAGAAGAAGAAGAAGAGGAAGAAGAAGAAGAGGAAGAAGAAGAAGAAGAAAAAGAAGAGGAAGAAGAAGAAGAGGAAGAGGAAGGAGAAGGGGAAGGGGAAGAGGGAGAAGAAGAAGGGGAAGAGGGAGAGGGAGAAGAAGAAGAAGAGGAAGAAAGGGAUGUAGGAGAGGAGGAAGAGGAUGAGGGAGAGGAGAAUGACACCAUGAUGUUGAAGGGCACUAUUGUGGUAGUUGGUUGUCGCAUGUCCAACAUAAUCAUUGUAUCACUAUCAGAAGGAGAAGAGGAAACAGGAGAAGAAUCUAGAGAAGGAACAGAGAAAGAAGAGGAAAUAGAGGAAAAAUAUGCCAAAGAGAAACCUAGUAAAACACCUGAGGGAGAGAAAAGCAGUAAUAGCACAGUGGAAACUGGAGAGACAGAAGAGACUACUCAGAAAGAGACCAUCGUUCAGCAGGAAGAAGAAAGCACCGACAAUCAUACUGUGAAAAAUUCUUCAGAGAAUAAUGAUGACCAAAUAACUGGAGGAAUUGUUGGGAGAAAAAAGUUUUCCCUGUUUAAGCGAAAGCCACUGACAGGCCAGAAGAAUUUAUGUAGCAGAAAGGAAGACAGAUCUGAAAAGCCAUUACAGACUGAAGAAAAAGAAAAGGAAGAUUUACCUGGUGAAGACAGUAAGGAUGAAAAUCAGAAUCAUACAUUGGAGAAUUCCAGUGAAACUGUGACUAACCAGGACAGAAGGAUGAAAGUUAAUACAUGUAUGUUACUCUAACACUGUUAUAAUAUGUGAGAAUGUGACAGUCUUAAAGCACAUAGGGCAAUUUUUACUUGAAAACAGUUAUGACUUGCAAUGUUGGUGGCUGCUCUUUUUGAUUGAUUUGAUUGCUGUAAUUUUAAAUAGGUAGAUGAUUUUUCUUGCUAUUUAUUGGUAAUAUUAAUUGUUUAAAUUGAUAUACUUAUCAGCACCUUGCUGGAGUUCUGUGGCCUUACCUGUUGGUGUUCUAAAACAAAAUAUGGGGGGGUUGUGUGAAAAGUUGAAUACAGUCAUUUUAUGUUUUUUUUCUAAAUAAUUUUUUUCUGUGUCAGUCUACGGAGUACCACUUUCAGUAUGAUACUCUUGCAAAAUUAUAUCUGAUGUAAGAUAUUAUUUAACAACUUAGUUAAGAAUAUUGGGGGUACUCAGUUACUUACAAACAUGUAUGUUUAUUUCUGUUUUGACUUAGAAAAGUAGCAAUAAAACUUUCAAGUUAAGGUGUAGGCCAUUAUGGAAGAAGUUAUUUGAGUUCAUGCCUAAUUUCAUGUAUGGCAGCAGUCCCAUAGGGAACAGUACCUAAGAGCAGUAUGUUAGAAAGUAUGUAAGUAACUAUCCUGCCAAACUGGCACAUGGAGAAACCUUUUAUUUCUGAGAGGUGCUGAACACCUUCACUCCUGCUGAGAUCAGAAUAAGCUGUUGGGCCUCCCUUCUCCCAGGAUCAGGCCCAGUGAAAACUGGACACCCUCACUCUUGUUUCACUUGGAUUCUAAUCCUAUAUUCUUUGAACAUCCAUAUCUAGUGAAGCUUUUCUUACAGGAAAAUAAUGUAACCAGAAUUACUGUGGCAUAUAUUGGUAUGCCAGACAGAUCAUGGUGGGAUAAAUAUUCAUGAUUUUCUCAGGCAGCUUGGCUUUUCUUCAGAUAGAGACUUUGCAGCAGGAGCAAUGAAUCUCAUUAUUGAUAUGGAAGAGCAGAAUGUUUGGUUUUUUUAAUUAGUGGAAGAGAUAGAAGUCACAAACUGACUAUCUAAUUACUGACAUUCCCACUAAAUGAAAUUUGAUUUCUGAAUUUCGUCAGGUGAAUAAUAAAUAUAACCCUUAGAAUCGUAGAUAUAUUAAGGAUGGAAAAAGCAUCUAUGGUCACUGAGUCCCACGGAUAACCCUGCACCACCAUCUUCCCCACUACAUCAUGUCCCUGAGUGCCGUCUCUACUCACCUUUUGGACACUUCCAGGGAUGGUGACUCCACCCCUUCCCUGGGUACUCUGUUCCAAUGCUUGAUAAUCUUUUCAGUGAAGAAAUUUUUCCUAAUAUCCAACCUGAACCCCCCUGGCAGAACUUGAGGCCUUUUCCUCUCAUCCUGUCACUUGUUAUGUGGGAGGACAGACUGAUGCCCACAUCACUACACCCUCCUUUCAGGGACUUGUAGAGAGCAGUAAGGUUUCCCCUGAGCCUUCUUUUCUCCAGGAUACACACCCCCAACUGCCUCAGCUUCUUCUCCUUGG